AUGGUUAGAAAACUAGGACCUAGAUUUCAUCGGAUAGGUUCAUUAUACCCAUAUAAAGUUACUGGAGAAAAAAAAUUACUUAGCCUUAAUUUCGAGACAAUAUCUCCUAAAGAUAGUAACUCUUCUACAAGUAGUAGUAACUCUUCAACUAUUCCCAACUCCCCUACCGAUUCGGCAACAAUUGUCGGUUCACCUAUAUCAACUAGAGCUAGUUCUCCUUUCGAAAUAGAAUUUAGCGAUACAAAAUCACAAGAUUAUUUUUCUGAAUUUACAACACUAUUUUCGAAAUCCUCAUCCACGAGCGUUUCAUCGGAAUCAGCCGAAAGUUCAAUCUCGACUCCGGAUCAUUAUUCGACCAGCUCUGACUUGUCAACGCCAUGUAAUAGCAAAUACAAUCUAUCAUCUAUUAGUCUUCAUAAGACCUGUAAUAAUCAAGUCACCAAGAGAAAAUCCUCAAAAAAUAGUACACGUAAAUUGAAAUAUGAGCAAAUUAUUACAUUUAAUGAUAAUGCUAGACUAAACGAUGUGAUAUCAGAAGAACCAUUUACAAAUUCGGAGAUAGUUCCAAAUGUUAAAUCGGAUCAUACAUAUGUAGAAGAAAAUGUUGGGUUAAUAGAUCCUUCAAUAUAUAUUCAGGAACAAAAUCCGGUCCAAGUGGUUGGAGAUCCUAACUUAUGGGAAGUACACCCGCCGUAUUUCACGUAUGAUAAUUAUAAUUCACCGAAUGGUCCACUCAAGGAUGGUGGAUCGGGUGAUGUGUUUUUGACGGAUUGGAUUGGCCAAGAUUUCAUUCUAGAUUCUUAG